AAUGAAUUAUGAUUUCCAUUUUGCUGAAUUCAAAACCCCUUAAAAACCAUAUUAUGUUAGAUCAAAUCACAAACAUAACUCAAGUUAACCUCAACUAUCCAACUUUUUUACCGAUGUUUAGGAACAUAAAUAAAGUCUUUCUAAAGUCGGACAAGAAUCCUUAAAAAAAUGGGAUUUCUUUUCUGACCCAUUCAGUUUACCUGAUAAAUAUCUUUGUAAUUCUAGUACAAAAAUAAAAACAGAAACCACAGAACUUGGUUUUGAUAGUAUUGAUUUCAUUUUAGGAAAACAAACUGAUCGAAACAGUCCCACAUGUUUUUUUGAGAAUCCUCAAAAAACUCAAUCAGAAAAACUGAUUGGCAAAAAAGUUAAAUUUUCUAAACUAGUACAAGUAAAGAAUGAUGAUGGAAGUGAAUCUGAAGAACCUAUUUAAUUAAUCUCAAGGAAAGAAACAAGAAAAAGUAAGUUUUCAACAUCAGGUCAGCGACCACCUGAUCAAAUUAGAAAAUAAUGUUGA